ACUUGCAUGUGUGUGUGACGUGUGUCAACUGUCACACCGAAUUUUAUAACAAAUAUAACAAUAAUGUGUCGGUGAAUCAUAAUAAUUAACUAAUUAAAAAUUGGAGUAAAUUAUCCAUCAAAUAAAAGUCAAGUGGAUACAUAAUCAGCAUUUUAUAAUAAAUUUUGGAGUAAAAAAAAAACAAUAAAAAAUGGCUGAACUAGCAGCUCUUCUUCGUCAGGAUAUUCCUGAAGGAAGAAGUAAUCUUUCUGAUAGUCAUACAAAUUUAGAACGUGUUGCUGAAUACUGUGAGGCAAAUUAUUUUCAAGCUGAAAAUAAAAGAAUAGCACUUGAAGAAACAAAAAAUUUUACAACACAAUCAUUAGCAAGUGUUGCAUAUCAAAUAAAUACACUUGCAUAUAAUUUUCUUCAAUUAUUAGAUUUACAAACAUCACAAUUAGCUGAAAUGGAAAGUCAAAUGAAUCAUAUUGCUCAAACAGUUAUGAUACAUAAAGAAAAAGUUGCAAGACGUGAAAUUGGUGUAUUAACAGCAAAUAAAAUGACAACAAGACAAUAUAAAAUAAUUGCACCAGCAAAUCCAGAAAAACCAAUAAAAUAUGUACGUAAAAGUAUUGAUUACACAACACUUGAUGAUAUUGGUCAUGGUGUUAGAUGUAGUGGUACACCACGUAGUAAACAACGUGGUGGUAGUCAAGGUAGUGUACAAAGUCUUGGUGGUAUAUCAACUGGUACAAAUCAUGCUGCUGUUAUUGUUGGUCCACCACCAACAACAAAACCACCAACACCACCACAACCAGCAAGAACUGGUACACUUAGUAAAGGAUCAAGAGAAUAUAGAACACCACCAGUUGUUGCACCACCACAAGUACCAAGUCAUUAUGCACCAAAUUAUCCAUUGGGACAUCCAAGACGUGAACGUGCACCUGGUUAUAGUACACUUCCACUUCAUGCUCAUACAACUCAACAAGUUGCUGGUCAUACAUCAAAUCAUAAUGCACAUAAUAACAGUGCAAGUCAACAUACAUCAUCAACAUUACAAAUUGGUACUGUACAUCCAUUACAAAAUCAUUCACAAAUACCACCAGCACCUCCAAGUGCUACUGGAAGUACUGGAUAUCUUCAAGAACAACUCCACACUAUGCCACCACCUCCAUCUCCAUUAGUUGGAAUGGGAAGUGAUUUGGGUGAUUAUACGGGUCAUCAUACACUACCACAUAGAUUAUCUCAUCAAAUGAGUCGUGGUAGUGGAUCAAAUAGUCCACCAUUACCACCACCACCACCUCCAGAAGCUGAUGAACAUUCACAAUUUGGUAGACCACAACAAUCAAGUGGUGCACUUAUGCCAAUUGUACCAGAUGAAGAAGAUCUUCCAGGAUGGGUACCCAAAAAUUAUAUUGAAAAAGUUGUUGCAAUAUAUGAUUAUUAUGCAGACAAAGAUGAUGAACUGAGUUUUCAAGAAAGCAGUGUAAUUUAUGUUUUGAAGAAAAAUGAUGAUGGCUGGUGGGAAGGUGUUAUGGAUGGAAUAACUGGUCUUUUUCCUGGAAAUUACGUUGAGCCAUGUGUCUAAAG